GCAGCAGCAGCCGCCGCCGCAGGAGCGCCGGGGACUCUCGCCUGCCGCGGAGCCGGGGGCAGACGGCGAUGGGGACGGGACGGAUCCCCUGAGCUCCCGGGAACUUUCCCGGCCGCGGGCAGCUGGAGCCGGACAGGCGGAUGGAGGAUGCGCUUCCCCCGGCGGGCUGCGUGAGCCGGCGGCGGCGAAGGGGAGGAUGAAGAAGAAGCAGCAGCACGGCGGCGGGGAAUGCCCAGCGCCCUGGCCCCCCGCGGCAGCGGCGGCGGCGGGAGGGGGCCCGGGCCAGGGCGGGGGCUUCCUGAGGCGGCGGCCCCUCUCGCUGCUGCCCUUCCUCUCGCUGCGCGACUAUGUCUUCUGCAUGGCCACCCUGCUGCUCUUCUGCUUGGGCUCCCUCUUCUACCAGCUCAACGGGGGCCCCCCGCACUUUCUGCUGGCCCUGCGGCACUGUCUGGGAAAUUCCACUUAUCUGGAUGACCACGGACCACCACCUCAAAAGGUACUUCCUUUCCCCAGUCAAGUGGUCUACAACAGAGUUGGAAAGUGUGGAAGUCGAACUGUGGUUUUGCUUUUAAGAAUUUUAUCAGAGAAACAUGGAUUCAACCUGGUUACAUCUGACAUUCAUAACAAAACAAGACUGACCAAAAAUGAGCAGAUGGAAUUGAUUAAAAACAUAAGCACUGCUGAGCAGCCCUAUUUAUUCACUAGACAUGUUCAUUUCCUCAACUUUUCAAGUUGUGCCGAUGUGCUGCUGGAGAUGAGAAUAUUUGUGCAACUUCAUCAUGCAGGAUCCAGUCAUGAUCCCACUCAGAGAAGGUUUGGAGGAGACCAGCCCGUGUACAUCAAUAUUAUUAGAGAUCCUGUCAACCGAUUCCUAUCCAAUUAUUUUUUUCGACGUUUCGGAGACUGGCGAGGAGAACAGAAUCACAUGAUCCGUACCCCCAACAUGAGGCAGGAGGAAAGAUACCUGGACAUUAAUGUAUGUAUCCUUGAAAACUACCCUGAAUGUUCUAAUCCCAGGUUAUUUUACAUCAUACCAUAUUUCUGUGGACAGCAUCCAAGAUGCAGGGAGCCUGGUGAAUGGGCCCUUGAAAGAGCAAAGCUGAACGUUAAUGAAAAUUUUCUGCUUGUGGGCAUUCUGGAGGAGUUGGAGGAUGUGCUGCUUUUAUUAGAAAGAUUCUUACCUCAUUAUUUCAAGGAUGUGCUUAGCAUCUACAAAAAUCCAGAACAUAGGAAACUUGGCAAUCUGACUGUGACCGUGAAAAAGACCGUCCCCUCUCCAGAAGCAAUACAGAUCCUCUAUCAACGCAUGAGAUAUGAAUAUGAGUUUUAUUACUAUGUCAAAGAACAAUUCCACCUGCUAAAGCGCAAGUUUGGACUGAAGUCUCAUAUCAGGAAACCAAGUCCCAGACCUGAGUUCUUCAUUCCUUCUCCCCUGGAAACAGAAGAACCAAUAAAUGAUGAGGAAGAAGAUGAUGAAAAGUGGCUAGAGGAUAUCUAUAAAAGGUGAUGGAUGGAAGAGCUAUCCUUUCUCCUCUGGUGAUCCCUCCAGCUUUCUUAAGAUUUUUUUUUUAAUUAUUAUUAAAAGUAAUUCCUUAAGGAACUGAGUUAAUACGCAGCGGAUUUGAAAUGGAACAGAAGAGACCAUUCCCACAUGCUGGAGCCAUUGGGAGAUACCUGAUUUUGCAGGUUUGAUUCAUUAUACAGUGUUGGCUCUAUAGCAUCCUUGCUAUAGCAUAGAGAGAAGUACCGACCAUCUGUCACAAAAUAACUUUUGGAAUACACAGAAGUCCUUCAUGAACUGCAAAAUACAAAAGAAUAGAUUAGGCAUUCUUGAAAAGCAAAUCUUACCGAUUCUUGUCUCUCUCUUUGACCAGAAAAAAGUCUUCAUGGCAUAACACUGUGGCAUGAACUACCAGCAAAUUAACUACAAACAGUGAGCCGUUUGGGAGGAGUGCCUCUUUCUGUCCAAAGCACACUGAUAUCCCAGUGGUAUGGUCAGAGCCAUUGCUUUGUCUUCAGUCCAAAGAUACCAAGCUCAGAAGGAGGCUAAGUAACAGCUCUUUGAAUUACCUGUGCUGGAGGAGCAAGGCUGCUGUUCUGCCAAAUCAGUACUAGUGAGUGUAAGGCAAGCUACAGGAACCAGAUAUUUUUGGUAAAACCUUCAAGUUCACAGAGUGGGAAAAAUUACCAGGUCAGUGAAUGGCAACAAAUUUAAAAUGCUAGGCAGAGCUUUAUUUCAGCAGUUGAGCAUGUUUCUAUUAGACUCUAAAGGCAAAGGUGUAAUAUAUGGGGUUUAUGUUCAAGAAUGGUAUUUUAGAUUUUUAUUAUUCUUUUGGGUCACAAAUCCAAAGAGAGGUGGAAAAAGCUACCCAUUAAAAAGCUUAGGUGAUCUGGAGCUUCUAUUAAGUACGACCUGUAUUUCUGCAACUGCAGAAUUUAAUUGUUCACAUUUGAAUCUGAGCACAGCUUCCCCACCAGCACAAACACCAAACUCCUGCUUUUAGUGUGGCUAGAAGGAAAAUUAAAAAAUAUGAACAUACACAGCUUCUCUAGUUGAAAUAGUUCAGAAUCAUCAAACAAGUACAAGAAGAUGUGCUCUCUGAAACCAAAGCUGAUUCAGUGAUAGGUUAUUAAGAGAGUCACUGUGAAAGUUGCCCUUGUUAAUCACUACAAAUAUUAUCUGCCACUGCUAGAAAAGGGAUCGGUGGAAGCUGGUGAAAGAGAAGUAGCACCAUUAUGUGAGGUGCUGCUGUUGUUCAGGUGGGUGUCCCAGGAGUGGGAUUCCCUGUGAUGUGUUGGUGUGCUGGCUGCUGGCCAGCCUGCCAGCCCUGGAGGUGCAGUAGUGACAGACCCACAGGCAGCCCUGGGCAGAGCUCUUUGGCCUUCUGCUGCACAGCAGAAUAGGGGAGAGUCUGGGGUCUUGAUGAGGCCUUGGCCUCUUAUGCACCAUUAUUGCUAGAGAAAGCUGGACUAAUAGAGAAUAAGAGCAAUAAAUUCCUGUCCCCAGAGGACAGGAAAGAAGCAGGUACAAGAUGUUGCAGCUGCUUGCCAGGAUAAGGACAAUCCACCUCUGUCUAUCUUAUAUCCUUUCUCAAACAUGUACCAGAAAAAUUUUGGUUCCUAUUCCACAGCUGCCAUCUGCAAGGUCAUACUUCAGUUUGCUACAUCAAGCAAAAGUUAUUUUGUGAUGGAUGAAGCAUAUAAACUCGGGAUCAGCUCAGGUGGGCUUUCCAAGGGUUUCCUCUUCCAUGAGCCUGCUGAGAGCCAAUAGAAAUUAUGGUCGAUCUUCUUCACCCCUUAGUCGUUACCUAUACACAGAGAAUGAAAAUAAAGGAGAGUUAAGACAAGAUGCUAACUUACAGAAAAUACUAGGAAGAAGAUUCUGUUAUCAUUAUUAACAUCCGAGGUUGGUGGUAGCAAUGCACUACUGUGGAGGAGCACAUUAAAGAAAGCUGAAAAUGGCACAGAUAGUCACUAACAUAUUAGCUACAAUAUGAAUCUGCUGCAUUGUAUAUUUUAAGUGGUUUCUAUGAAAUUACAUUGAAAGAGUAAUGAUUAGUUUACACAUUGUGGAGUUGUUAUAUUUUGGAAAGAACUAGUAUUCUCAUGUUUCUGUAAUUCUGUUUGAAUCCUUUUUCUGCCAUAAUUUUAACAGAAUAUAGUCACUUAACACAUUCACCUUCCUGAGAGUUCACUGCCAUUUACAGUAAAGUCUGUUUCUAUCUGUUUGUUUAUUUAAUGGUAUCUUCAGCCAUCACUACUUAUAAUCUAAAUACAGAAGCUGCUUUGUGAUUUGCUCGCUAGGUUUUAAUACUGUUGUAUUUUUGUAACAAUCAACCUGGCCUCUCCUCCUCAAAUGGUAGUUCUUAAAUUUAUCUGGCACAUAGCAUCUAAUAUUCCUGGUCCUAUGGCCUAUUCCUCAGUCAUUAAAUAUAUAUUUGCUUAACUUUUAAAAGGUACGUUAUAAACUGGUAAAUCUUUGACUUAUUUAUUGAAACUUUUCAGCACAUUCCAAAUUCUAAGUUGCUCAGGAAGAAGCUGAUUUAAAUAAUUAUAUUUGGGUCUGAUGAGUAUUCUUUUUAAAAAAAAAUCACUAUUUGUAAGCCUUUAGUCCACAACAGCUUUGUAGAAAGUGCCAACUUGGAGAUCAUUGUGAGGGGAAAAAGGUGGCUGUUCAACACUUACAAAAAUAAGAAAAUAUAUGUCUACAUUAGUUUAUCUAUAAAUGAAGCAACAUAUGUUUUGGAAUUAAAUCUUCUCUAACUUAUUCACUUCUAUCUCCUGAAAUAUCAGUAAGCCAUAUGAUGCUUUAUUUUUCAAUCCAAUGUUGUUUAAAAAUAAAACUUGCACAUUUCUUCCUGGUGCCAUAGUCCUCUUGCUUACACUAGUUUUCCCUCCUGGAUGCAGUGGCUGUGGGUAAGGACAUUGGAGUUGCAUCCAACAGAGCAGGGUUGGACACGGCAUAGGGCAUCCUCUGAGCAGUAAGACUGGAGCUGGUUUCUCCUGGGUUAUUCCAUCUCCCAAGCUAUCUGGAGGUGUGAGCUGAGGUCUCAAUUGUUUUACUCACCUGAGAUGUGAGAUCAGUACACUGAAGUACAUUGUCCAGUGUUCCGUGGCUGCCAAGUAGAAGUUUUAUCCAGGAGAGGAACAACUUAGUCUCCAUAUACUGCAUUUUUACUAGAUACAGUGUUUGAUGGCCAGGCAUAAAAGCUUCAAUAGUCAGAGUGAUGUUGCAAUAUAGGUGAAGUAUCAGUGCUUUCACACUAAAGAGAGAAUCAACUGUUAUUGAAAUGCAGCAUUCUGGAAAAAAAAAUAAAUUUUAGUCUUAAGUUUCAAGUGACAAUGACAAAUUGUACCAUUUUUUGUUUGUAUUCAAUUUACUUCUUCUCCACAUGAAUUUUGUUGGUGAUGCAGAGCUAAGUCCAAGUAUCUCAAAUGUUUUCUACUUGUGUGUAACGAAGUAGCUUGGCAGAACUGAAAGUACAUGAAGCUGAUGGUGUAUUUAAAGCAUUCCAGUUUCUUUGCAAUUCUUUUAUCGCAGAUCUUUGAUGAAUCAUUUGAGUGUUAGUAUGUAGAAUGGUACAUUGUAACAUAAACACACGAGCAAAGCCACAAAUUUUAAAUAUUGGAGAACACAUCUGUGAAUUCAAGCCAUGGAAUUUUUCCUCCUUUCAGUAUGUGAUACAGUAAAAUUGAAUGUACAGGUACAUUUUUUGACUAGCAAAUGAAACCACACUGCAUGCUGGCUUUUAUCCUCAUCAAAUGAAAAAACAUUGUCUGCCAAAGAACGAAAUUCUGCAUUCUUUUAAAAAAUAAAGACCUGAUAAUAAAUUCUCAGUUCCCA